CUGCUGCAGGCGCGGCUCCAGGCUCGGGCGAGCGGCCGCUGCAGCCCCGGCGCCUCCUCCCAGCCCCGCGGCGCCCCGCGCCGCGCCCCGCCCCGCGCCCCAGCCAGCGUCCUGCGGCCACGGCGGGACGCGCAACUUAGGGCAGCGACAGCAGAGGGACAACUUGGGAAACUUCUCGGGCGGCCGACGGCGGGGACACCGGGCGCGGGGAGGGGAAAGCAUGUAGAAGGGCGGUGGCUGGCCACGGGCGUCCCCCGGUUCUCCUGGGUCCGGUUCCGCCUGGAAUGAGGCUCCGGUGCCUUUAGCGCCGCCAGCGGGGCGACUCUCUGGUCUUGCCCAACUAGGUGGGCAAGCGUCCGAGCGGUCGCCAGCUGUGCACAGGCCCGGGGAGUGGCGCCCCUCUCUGGACGCCUUCUUCCCAGACAUGGACCACCAGGAGCCUUACUCUGUGCAGGCCACCGCGGCCAUCGCGGCGGUCAUCACCUUCCUCAUCCUCUUCACCAUCUUCGGGAACGCGCUGGUCAUUUUGGCCGUGUUGACAAGCCGCUCCCUGCGCGCGCCCCAGAAUCUGUUUCUGGUGUCGCUGGCGGCUGCCGACAUCCUGGUGGCCACGCUCAUCAUCCCUUUCUCUCUGGCCAACGAGCUGCUGGGCUACUGGUACUUCCGGCGCACGUGGUGCGAGGUGUACCUGGCUCUCGACGUGCUCUUCUGUACCUCGUCCAUCGUGCACCUGUGCGCCAUCAGCCUGGACCGCUACUGGGCCGUGAGUCGUGCACUGGAGUACAACUCCAAACGCACCCCGCGCCGCAUCAAGGGCAUCAUCCUCACCGUGUGGCUCAUCGCGGCUGUCAUCUCGCUGCCGCCCCUCAUCUACAAAGGCGACCAGGGCCCGCAGCCUCGAGGGCGCCCACAGUGCAAACUCAACCAAGAGGCCUGGUACAUCUUGGCUUCCAGCAUCGGCUCCUUCUUCGCCCCCUGUCUCAUCAUGAUCCUCGUGUACCUUCGCAUCUACCUGAUUGCCAAACGCAGCCACCGCAGGGGGCCCAGGGCCAGGGGGGAACCCGGAAAGGGUAUGUCUCAGCAGACCUGCCAGAUCCCCAGGGGAACCCCGGCCUCCACCAAACUGCCCAGCCUGGCUUCUCCUCUGGUUGUGGCUGGAGAGACUCCUGGACUCUCCAAGCCGCCCGGGGAGAACAGGGAGACGGGAACACCGGAAGAUCCUGGGACUCCUGCCUUGCCACCAAGCUGGCCUGCCCUUCCUAACUCCGGUCAGGAUCGGAAGAAAGGUACAUGUGUGGCACCUGCAGAGGAGGAAGCGGAAGAGGAGGAAGAGGAGGAGGAAGAAUAUGAGGAGGAGGAGGAAGAGGAGGAAGGCGGGCCCCAAACCCUGCCUGCGCCCCCCACGACAGCUCACAGCCCCCAGCUGCGGCAGCCCCAGGGUGCGCGCGUGCUGGCCACCCUCCGGGGCCAGGUGCUCCUGAGCAGGAGCGCGGGCGCAGUGAGCGCGCAGUGGUGGCGGCGGCGCGCACAACUGAGUCGGGAGAGGCGAUUCACCUUUGUGCUGGCCGUGGUCAUCGGGGUCUUCGUGCUCUGCUGGUUCCCCUUCUUCUUCAGCUACAGCCUGGGCGCCAUCUGCCCGCAGCGCUGCCGGGUGCCCCAUGGGCUCUUCCAGUUCUUCUUCUGGAUUGGCUACUGCAACAGCUCGCUGAACCCGGUCAUCUACACCAUCUUCAACCAGGACUUCCGCCGCGCCUUCCGGAGGCUCCUCUGCCGCCAGUGGACCCAGACGGCCUGGUGAGCCCGCGGCGCAGGUGGGGGUGGUGCCAGCCGGCAUUGGGGCCACCCUGGUUUUUUCUUUUGGGUGGCCACAUCCGGGGUCUUUUUGGUCC